AUGAUGUACUUCCUCCCAUUGAGGCAGCCAAUCACCAUCGGCGCGAACCAGGACAACAAGAUCGUGCUGCAGGGUCUGGGUAUGCCAGACCAUCUUUGUGAGAUCGAGAACCUGGAAGAAGGUGUUGUGGUGAGAACGUGUCAGCAGCAAGAAACUGGACAUCCUGGUGCGAAGAGCAUGAAGGCACGGGUGUGCGUUAAUGCCUCUGCCAUGAAAGAGAAUGAGCAGAGGAAGCUCAAGGCAAGCCCAAGCCCUCCUGUGCAUCGUCGUUCUCGCUACUGCUGCUACAUUGCCACAUUCCUCCAGCCGUGA